CAACGUCAACAAAAUGUCAACUGCAUCAAAACAAACAGCCCGGUGGUUUGCCUGUGCACAAUUCUUUGGAAUUUAUCCACUCUAGACUUUAAUUAAUGUACAAUAAGUAAUGUAAGUUCUGUGAAUAAAGCAACAUGUCACGCUGUUCAGACGAAGAAUUAAUAAAAGUUGUUCAACAAUAUCCUAUUAUUUAUCAACCAGUACCAAAUGAUGUGACACUGAGUGCCCACAAGAAUAAUUUGAAGAUUGUCUGGGAUGAGAUCUAUAAGCAUCUGAAAUCUAACCGUCUCAGGGUUCGGUGGUAUGAGAAAUAUCACACAUACAUAAAAUUAAUGAUGUUGAUUGAUACUGGAACUGUAUCAAAGAAGGUUCUACAGGCCUGCAAGGACACUAACAAGUUUUUAGAUGGCAGCUUAAGUUUUUUAGAUCCAUACAUAAGCAAAGAAACUUACUUGAAAAUACCAUUUCAUGUCCACAAAACUAUAAACACCAGAUUUGGUUUACCAUUAAAACAUGGUCAAAGUACAAAUGAAAAUAUUGAUUACAGUAUUAAUAUUGUUACUCAUGAUCAAGUGUUAUCCUUAUUACAAAACAGGAGUGACUGUACAGAGAGCUUUGAUAUGAAUUUUCUUUUUCCCAUAGUUUAUAAAGCCAUACAACGUAAAUUAAAGGAGCUACUAGAACUAGAAAAGAAAGAUAAUGAUGAAACAAAACCAUCUCCACAACAAGAUCUACAAUUAGAAAGUGAACUCAUGAUUGAUGAAAAUAUUAAGAUAGAAAAUCAAGAUGACAUUGACACACUUGAAGAAAACACAUUACUUGAUACUGAUACAAUUCUUGAAGAUGAUAAUUUAGAACAAAUUUUACCAGAUGGCCAAAUAGUGUAUGAUGAGUCAACUGUUUGUGAAGAUCUAACUGAACACAGUACGGCGUCCAAUAAUAAUGAGUUUAUGGGCAAUAUGAGUGAUGUUAACAUGAGAGAAUUUUUCAAUGAUCUGGGUGAAACCAUGAGUGCAGAAUUGUCAUAUAGGAAACAAAAGUUACUGCAGUUACGAAUAAAUGAACUACUAAGAAGUACAUUCGCACAGAAGUGACUCAAAUGCAUAUAUUAAAGUAUUUCUUUUGAUGUUAGUUGCUCAGAUCAAAGAAAGAGGCUGGUUGUCAAAGAAACCAAAAGUGUUUUUAUACUUCAUGUCAGUUAGGUAAGGGGAUCAAUUUGAAUUUUUGUUUUGUAAUGAGAAAUAAGCACUUAAUGACUAUGUAUGAUUUAUAUGUAAAACUGCAGUUUAAAUAAAAUAAUUAGUUUUCAAUUUGAUACU